AUGAAGUCUCCCUUCCUCUACCGCCUCUCCACUAUGCGCUCCGCCCUGUCAGUGGCCCAGCCCAGAGUGCGCUACCACAACUUUUCCUGCGCCUCCACGAGAGGCCAGUCCGACCGCAGUGCCCCCUGUUGCGAUACGGCAGGCGCAGCUAUCACCGUCCCGUCACCACCGCCGACACCGUUGCCGCCCCCAUCCAAGGCGCGCGCCCAUCUUCUAUCGCGCGCAUUUGCUGCCUACGGACAAAGCCAGCGCGAGAAGCCUUAUCGCACCCAAUUCAUCAGCUCCUUGAUUAUUUUUUUCCUGGGCGAUGUCUCGGCCCAGCUCAUUGGCGCGGAUGAAUACGAUCCACAGAGAUCGCUGCGUGCACUGAUCAUCAGUGCCGGAUGUUCCAUUCCCACCUACAAGUGGAUCGUGCUUCUCGGAAAUCAUUUCAACUACUCCUCCAAAGCCCUCACCCUCGCCACCAAGAUGCUCGUCAACCAAGCUCUCUUUACCCCCAUCAACUGUCUCUGGUUCUUUGGUAUGCACUCUCUGCUGGCCGGAAAUGCCCUGGCCGAGGCCUGGGAACACAUUCAACGCACCCUACCACCCUCGGUAAUCAAUAGCUGUAAGCUCUGGCCCGCCGUCGUCGCCAUCAACUACACCUUUAUUCGCCCCGAAUUUCGCGGUAUCUUCGUCGGGGUCAUUUCCGUCACGUGGCAGACUUAUCUCUCCUACGUCAAUCGAAAAUUCGAGUCAAAAGAUACACCCGCCGUGACCGCCUGA